UCAGCUUUGACCCUUCUCACUUCUCCUCGCGAUGACUCAAGACACCAAGAGUGACCCUUGCUCAUCUAAAGAGAAAGAACACAUUGACCCCGACGAACUAUUAGACUCCGAGCAAAACAAAGAACAUUCUGAAUCCGAGGAGGAAGAUGAACAGCAACGACCUCCACCUCCACCUCCACCUCCACCUUCACGACCGUCUGCUUUAAAGAGAUUCGUGUGGCUGCUUUUCAUCGGGUUUGCCGUAUGGCAAAUUGUCUUCUCCAAAAGCCCUUGGUUUGGAAAGAAAGAACCUCAAAUCAUUUACGCGAAAAGGUAUUCCAAGGAAUUUAAGUAUAGACCAGCUGCAAGUCCGAUUGUCACCGAGACGCUGAAAGACGGGCGGAUUCGAAUACGUGGGGCCGAACCCUCCACGAGUUCGCAGCCAACAGUGACGCCUGCUGUUGUCAAAACAAUUAGGAAGAGGAGCUCAAAAAAGAGGGCUAAACACAAGGCGAAGCAAGGAUAUUAUUGAAGAUAAACAGUUUCAUUGAUUUGGCGUUCCUUGUUAGCACGGUAUGCUGUGUUGUUGUCAAAACUUCAGCUGUAUUAGAUAAGUGACGACAAUUCUUUUAGGUUUGCGCAACAAGGGCCUUUUUUUCGAGCUAUCCAUCACAUACCCCCACUGUAAAUUUUCGUAACUGGCCUAAUUGGAUGGUUUUAUCGAAUCUGUACAUCAACCCUCAUAGGGUAACCUCAAUUUUCAUACAGCUAUUCCACACCCCGUUCCCAGCGCCAUUUCUUGUGUUGAUGAUCUCUGACAUCACCUUCCAUUUUCUGUCG